CCAAGCAUUAGCCUGCCAACUUUAGCCCUCAUCGGUGGCUGUAGGAAUGUUGUUGCUUUGUUAGGGUAAUACUCUUUCCAGUUAGAUUGUUAAAAUAACACCGAGCACUAUGAAUUUAUUACCAUCCAAUCCCCACGGUAAUGGAUUACUUUUUUCGGGAUUUAACCAGGAUCACGGAUGUUUUGCGUGUGGAAUGGAAAAUGGAUUCAGGGUGUACAACACAGACCCUCUUAAAGAAAAGGAAAAGCAAGAGUUUCUUGAGGGAGGAAUCAGUCAUGUGGAGAUGCUUUUUCGAUGCAAUUAUCUUGCGCUUGUUGGAGGAGGAAAAAAACCCAAGUACCCUCCCAAUAAAGUGAUGAUUUGGGAUGACCUGAAGAAAAAGACUGUGAUAGAGAUUGAGUUUUCCACUGAGGUCAAAGCUGUUAAGCUUCGACGUGACAGAAUUGUUGUGGUCCUGGAUUCCAUGAUUAAAGUCUUUACAUUUACUCAUAAUCCUCAUCAGCUACAUGUCUUUGAAACAUGCUAUAACCCUAAAGGUUUGUGUGUCUUGUGCCCAAACAGUAACAAUUCAUUGCUAGCAUUCCCAGCCACUCACUCUGGACAUGUUCAGAUAGUAGACCUGGCCAACACAGAGAAACCUCCUGUUGAUAUUCCUGCCCAUGAGGGUGCUUUGUGCUGCAUUGCUCUAAACCUUCAGGGCACGCGGAUAGCAACAGCAUCUGAAAAAGGGACCCUGAUCAGAAUAUUUGAUACCUCAGCAGGUCAACUUAUUCAGGAGCUAAGAAGAGGAUCACAAACUGCCAACAUAUACUGCAUCAAUUUCAACCAGGAUGCAUCUCUUAUCUGUGUAUCAAGUGAUCAUGGAACAGUUCACAUAUUUGCUGCAGAGGAUCCAAAAAUGAACAAGCAAUCCAGCUUGGCAUCAGCCAGUUUUCUCCCCAAGUAUUUCAGCUCCAAAUGGAGUUUCUCCAAGUUCCAAGUCCCAUCUGGUUCACCCUGUGUCUGUGCCUUUGGAACAGAACCCAAUGCUGUUAUAGCUAUUUGUGCUGACGGCAGCUACUACAAGUUUCUGUUCAACCAAAAAGGGGAGUGCUCAAGGGAUGUUUAUGCACAGUUCUUGGAAAUGACAGACGAGAACAUCUGAGUGUAGACGCUAAAUUUUACGAGAUUCAGUUUCUUUCUUGACAUCUCCAAGCUUGAAGGAUGUCAAAGAACUCAAAUGGCAUUCAUAUGACAGACUCACUUUUUGGAGAUCACAUGUCACAGAUGUGGAGGAGAGUUCAAAAUAAACUUUAAAUUCUCUCUUGACUCAAACCAAAAGAGACCGUUCUAUGAACAAGCAGAGAGCAGGUAAAAAAAACUGACUACUCACUUAUUCUGUGGAGUGAGAAGAGGAAAACCUUUUUUUUUUUUUUUUUUAAAAGGACAACCAUUUUUUUUUUUUUUGUCUUCCAUUGGAUUUUUAGAGGUUUGAAUGUUCUUUGAUAGACAGCAAGAGAGAUCAUCUUUGUCUGCUAACAAAACCUAAAGUAGGGAGUGCCUGUGUAAUUAAGACAGGUGUAUACAUGUAUGUAUUUACAAACUAUUUGGUAGUGUUAGAUAUUGUUUUACUUAAGUACACAAGUCACUGCAGAAAAUUAUGUAACUAUGUAGACAGAGUAUAGACUAGUAUAACAAAAACAACAUUUUAUGGUAUACAUGUGUGCUCCUUAUUUCAUGUAAUGCAAUAUUCUUUAUUUUAGUUUUUUGCAGGUAUUUGUUGGAAUUUAAGAGAAAAGAAAACCUAUUUUCAGCACUCUAUAAAUGUUUUUCUUCAGCCAAUGUGCUAUCACAUUAGAAACACAAAAUAUAUGCACAACAAAUUUUUCCAUGGGGAGGACUUAAGAAUGUGAUUGUUAUAAAAAGUCCACAUUUAAGCUUUUAAUUGUUGCAUAACUCUAAAACCCCAUGUUUUUUUGUGUGCAUACAGCAUCCCAAAUGAAUCGGGAAUUACUAUAAUAAUUUGGGUGUAAAUGGAAUACUAUUUUAAAGAAAUGUUCUGGGUUCAAUACAAGUUGAGCUCAAUCGACAGCAUUUGUGGCUUAAUGUUAAAUAAUACAAAACAUUAUUUUGACUUCUUUAAAUAGAAAAGCAAAAAUUUGGGUUACAGUGAGGCACUUACAAUGGAAGUGAAUGGAGCCUAUCUGUAAACAUUCAAAUACUUACUUUUUCAAAAGUAUAGCCACAAGAUGUAUACAAAUCAAAUUUUUGGGGCAGCUGUGGCUCAUGUGGUAGAGCGGGUCGGCUGCCAAUCGUAGGGUUGGUGAUUCGAUUCCCGGCCCACACGACUCCACAUGCCAAAUUGCCCUUGGGCAAGACACUGAACCCCAAGUUGCUCCCAAUGGCAGGCUAGCGCCUUGCAUGACAGCUUCAGAUUUUUGUCUUAAAACCCUACAAAAAUUGGCACCAUUCACUUCCAUUGUAAGUGCCUCACUGUGACAGACGAGUGAAAAUAUUUUUUUGCGGUAAUCAACAUUAUGCCACAAAUGAUGUCGAUUGAGCUGUAUUGAACCUGAAAUUUUCAUUUAACAAAGAACACAUUUAUGACUGAUUUAUUCUCUUGUUUAACAGCUAGAAUUAGCUCUUGAUGUAGUAUUAGUCACAUUAAUAUUUCUUUGAAAGACUAAUGCACUAAAAUUCUACCAAAGUGCCCAGUCUUAUCACUAGAACAUUAAGUAUUUUUUUUAUUGUGUCUUAAUUCUUAUAACUGUUCUUUGAAAUAUAUAUGUAAGCUAUUUUGUUACUGUUUUGAUGCUUUUGUCAUUGAUAAUAUGCAAGUAAUUAUGCUUACGAUUAAUUUCAUGAAUAUUGUGUUACAUAUGCUCUGAUUGUGUGGCCUGAGGGGAUACCCACAGAAAUCAGUAUCAUGUGACGAAUUAAAAGAUGAU